CUUUUCCGAAAGUGUCAUUUUCCCACAAGGCAUCCCACAGUGCACUCUUUAUUUACAAUCGCGAUUCGUUUGUUUGAAAACAAGUUUCUUUUUUUAAUUCGCUCUCGUAAAAUCCCGUUCCGCCGCCGCCGACGACGACGAUGGACCAGCUGUGCCGCAUCUGCAUGGGCAGCUUCGAGGGAGACGAUCCGGAAGCGAUGACCUCCCUGUACAGCGAGCUUGCCAGCGGCAAUGAGGUCGUCGCCAACAUGAUCAUCGACUGCGGGGACAUUGUGGUCUGUCACGACGACCAACUGCCGGAGUUUGUUUGUGGCGGGUGUUUGGUCCGGUUGGAGGACGCGUUCGCGCUGCGAAAGUUGAUCCGGGCGUCGGACGGUGCGCUGCGGGAGAUGGCCGCGAAUAAGACUCAGAAUUUGGUUAUGGAGGAGGAUGCUGGGGGAGAGCAAGAAGUGGUGCAGAAGGUGCCGACCAAAGUUGUCAACUAUCCGAGCGAGGAUCAGAUUGAGAGUGUUCAGGAAGUCGAUUGUUACAAGAUUAUUCGGUUGAAGGGAAUCCGAUGCUGUGGAUGCAAUUCGAUGUUUGGUUCGCAGCUGGAGGUGGAACGACACAGUCGGGAGCAGCACGGAAGUGCGGAGGUCAAGCAGGAAGCAGACCGGUUGAUUUUCGAAUGUCCAACGUGUCAUAAGGAGUUUGAGAACAAACUGAAACUGUUGAAUCACGCGAAGAACUUCCAAUCGAAUGAAGUGUAUUAUUGUACGGUUUGCGACGUCCUGUUCGACAUUCGGUACCGUUUGGAGCAGCAUCUGAAGCUGAGUAAAGCUCACAGGAAUCCUCAGGAGGAACCGCUCAAGAUCAGUCUCGAUCGGAGGCGAUCUUCUGGGAAGAAGAAAGCGACCAGAGAGUUGAAAUAUCCUGAGCAGGACUUUAUCCUAGCAAUUGAAGAAACUCAAGAGUAUCAGUUGAUUCACAUUGGAGGAGAACGGUGCUGUGGCUGUGAGCGGAUCUUCCAAACCUAUCAGGAAUUGCAGGAACAUUGCAACGAAGUGCAUAUCCGGUCACCGGAAAAUUCUCUCUGCGAGUGUGGUUUGUGCUUUGAAAAGUUUGACCAGAUUCAAACUUACAACCGACACACCACGGCAAGAAAUUUGAAGGAGCUCUACUACUGCAAGUUUUGCAAGAUUGUAAUUGACGUUAAAUUUCGUUUCGACCAGCAUCUCAAAUCAAGCCUGGCUCAUCAAGCCGCUCGCGAACAAGCCGGAGUUGGGCCUAGUCCUCCGAUGGAAGAUUUCUCCCGCGCCCUUGAAGCCGGCAUCGAAGUGCUUCAAAUCGAUGGCGUUCGCUGCUGCGGCUGCGACUUUACCUGCGCCAACCGGAACGAACUUGAAGAUCACUCGGAAGAAACGCACGGCUUCCAGCGGGUCAUCGCCAACUCCAUGCAGACCCCUUACGAGUGCGACAUCUGCUUUCAACACUUCCCAACCCCACAAACGCUCAAAUUCCACACCAAUGCCGCCCUCCAAAGCAGCGUCUUCAAGUGCACCCAGUGCGACGUCCAGUCCGAGAUCAAACAGCGUCUUCUCCAGCAUCUCGCCAGUGGCGUCCACGAGCAAAUCCCCAAAAAAGAAUCGACCUCCAAGCACCAAACUCAAAAAGUCAAACCCCAGCAACAUCUGUGCUGCUUCGUGCGCUGUCCGGCCUCCUUCACCUCCCCAACCGAGCUGCUCUCGCACGUGGAGUCCGACCACGCCGCAAAACGGCGCGAAAACGCCGAAGAGCGCGAACUGGACGGCCCCAUCUGCUACGUGUGCCACAAGAGCUUCCGGACGGAGCGCGCCCUGCACGUCCACCAGUUUCCGAAGAAUCGCCGCGCCGACUCACGACCGAACGUGUGCGGCGAGUGUGGGGCGGCGUUCCAGACGGCGUCCGGGCUGAUCCAGCACGCGAAGAGUCACGCCGCCGAGCGGUGGGAAUGGCAGUGUGAUGUGUGCGAUCGGAGGUGUCCGGACGAGGGGGCGCUGCGCGUGCACCGCGUUUGCCACGAGGAGGAGCGCGCGUGGGAGUGCGACGAGUGCGGGAAGAAGUUUCGGCGGAAGGGGAACUUGAAGGUCCACAAGCGCUGUCACCGGGAGGUCAGCAUCUGGGACUGUCCGCACUGCGAGACCAGCUUCAAAACCAAGCAGAGUCUCACGCUGCACAUUCGUAGCCACACCGGCGAAAAGCCCUUCCAGUGUCGGUUCUGCGAGAAUCGGUACUCGCACACGACGGACCGGCAGCGCCACGAGAUGGCCACCCACACGAAGGAACGGCCGCACCGGUGCGAGCAGUGUCCGGCUGCGUUCGUGCGCAAACGGCAGCUGACGAUCCACGUGCGGAUUCACACCGGCGAGAGGCCGUUCGUGUGCCAGGUUUGUGGCCGAGGGUUCAUUCAGGUGAAUUAUCUGAAGAAGCACUUGACGACCCAUGAGAAGGCGGGGAAGAGAUUGGUGGAGACGGAGUACAUGAUCGAGAUGCUGCAGGAAGAUGAGGAAGAGGAACUUUCGGAGACUGAGCAGAAGGCCUAUUACGAGUUGGAGAUUGAACAGAUGGUCGAUGAGGCAGAAGAGGACGACGAUGACGAAAAUGCCACGUUUGCGCAGCGCGCGUACAAUCAGCGGCGUCGCGCCCAACGUAAUGCUUAUCCUAACCGGGGCGAAUACUUUGUGGAUGGCGUACGCGAUCACGAACGUUCCGGCACCGGCGCCGGCCUUGCUGGCCAGGGCCGAGUCGCCCCACCCGAAGCGCUCCAGCAGCGCGACCACGUCUAUUCCGCUGAAAUUAGAGAAAAGAGGUGCGAAAACUUGUGCAUUCCACCGAACGGACUCGGCACGUUGCUCUGCAUGGCCGAGUUUAGGCUCACGGCCCCACGGCAAUCGUACGACUGUACGUGCGGAUCAACCGUCGCGGCGGCGGAGUACGGCGAACUGUCCACCGUGACGUCGAUCUGGUGGUGCGGAUGGGUCAGCAUUGCCGACGAGUUUAUGUCGCGGGCGCGUUGCGGUGAAAAGCGCGUCGUUUCCGUGGGGUCAAUGUUGGCCGGCAGUGGGAGGGCUGCGGCGGCCGGGAAUCAAAUGCCAGCUCAAGGUCUGCUUCAGAAUCCGCUCAUCCGACCUAAUGAUCCGAAAGUUCACCGGAACAUUCGCUAUGAUUCGGCGGUCGGCGACAACAGCUUUACUCCGGCCAAUGAUUGCAAGCGGUGCUUCCCGGAGUCCGCCAUGGGAAAACCAUCAAGAUAUACGGAUCGCGUGGACACGCUUGCGAUGUCCACCCGUAGCGAGGAGGACGGUACCCAUUCCGAUCGGCCCGUAAAGCGCGAUAAGGACGCCAUUUGCCGAGUCUGCAUGAGCGAAGACCCCAUAUCCGAGCUGAUUUCGUUGUUCCAGAUCAACGGCACCGGAGACGAGGUCAUUGCCAACAUGAUCAUCGACUGCUGCGAAGUUAUGGUUUCGGACGACGAUAACAUGCCGCAAAACAUCUGUGCCGACUGCUUGGACCGGUUGAAUCAGGCCUACGAGCUGCGAAAGCAGUGCAAGCGGUCGGACCAGGCGUUACGAGGUUUGGCAGUCGAUGAACCUGUUGAAGACGCUCCAGACGAUGCGUCCGUAAUGGAGCUGGAGGUUGAAUAUCUAGACGAAGAAGAUGAACCUGAAGAGACGAGUCCAAAUCUCAAAUUCGUGGAGUCUGUUGAGGACUUCCCUUCGCACAGGGUCUACCGCCUGCUGGGAGAACAAUGCUGCAACUGUUUCGAGCUAUUCCAGGACGUCGAUGCGUUGAUGGCCCAUUGCGAUCAGGAGCACGGCCGGGGCACCCCCGGAAAGAGUCACUUCCAGUGUGACGUUUGUCGCGAUCCAUUCGAUAGUCACGCCACGUUGACCAAGCACAAGGAGGUCGCCGCGGGGAUGGUCCUGUACCACUGCAAACGCUGCCAGGUUGAUCUUCGGAGUGAGCGUGAAUUUAUGAAGCACGUCGUUACUUCGGAGCGAGACCACGAGGACGCCGUUGAGACGCUCGACGUCGCGGGCAAGUUUGAAGAGAUCUUGAUUGUGGGGAUGCGCUGCUGCGGAUGCGACGAAAUCUACGACGAUCAGGUUGAGUUGGAGAGACAUCGCGAGGACGCACACCGAUCCAGUAGGGUUGAGGGAAGUGGGUUCGAGUGCGAUGGAUGCUACCGGAGAUUCAAGAUAUCGUUCCAACUGGCAAAGCAUAGAGCGGAGGCAAAGGCCAAGCAAUGGUUUGUUUGCAGCGCCGAAAGCUGCCAGUUUAGAACGGUCUCCCGAAAGAGCAUGAUCGCUCACAUGUUAAGAGAUCAUGAAUCUAGUUCGAAAAAGCCGGACAGCGGCUAUGCGUGCUGCGUUCUUCGCUGCUUCGAGACCUUCCAAACGUACGAAGAUCUGGAAUUUCACGCCGACGAGGCUCACGCUUUGGUACGGCUCCAGCACGAACAGGAUCGCAAUGCGGAACACAACGUAACGUGCGACAUCUGCCACCGAGGCUUCCCGGACGAGCGAACCUACUCGCGCCAUCGGAACGACAAAACCCGCAAGCACAUCUGUAAAACCUGCGGCGUUCAGUACGCGUUCCGAGCGAACCUGAUUGAGCACGAACGCAGCAACUGUGGUCAAGUGGCCCGGUACAAGUGUAGCCAGUGUGACAAAGCGUACAAGACACCGGGUGGCCUCAAAAACCACCGAAAGACCCACAAAGACCAACGAUCGUUCGUUUGUGAACUCUGCGGUCGUGCCUUCCUCCGCAAGGGCAUCCUCAAAGAUCACAUGAACACGGUGCACUCGACCGUCCGCGCGUUCCAGUGUUCCCUCUGCCCAAAGUCCUUCACCAGUCGGAACAUUUACCGUUCGCAUCAGCUGACCCACACCAAGGAAAAGCCCUUCCAGUGCCGGCACUGCGACAAGCGGUACCUCAAGAGCAGCGACCGGAAGAUGCACGAGAACCAGGUCCACCUGGGAAAUCGACCCUUCCGCUGCCAGUACUGUCCGGCCACGUUUACCCGGGAUCGCGAGCGGCGACUGCACGAACGCGUUCACACCAAGGCCAAGCUGUACACGUGCGAUGAGUGUGGCGAGGGUUACAACAAGUUUUCCGCCUUCAAGGACCAUCGGUGGAAGCAACACGGCCUGGACACGAUGCGGGAUCUCGGGCCGGCGGCGAUGGCAGCCGUGCAGGGACAGGAUGACGAAGAGCAGUUUGAGUUCUUGAGUGUUGACCCUGAGGAGGAAGUGGAUGACGACGAUGAGUGAAUAAAAAUAAACUUCACAUAGACGCCCUUGUUCACAAUCACGACAAUGCAAUGGGAUCCUGGCGAACUGGGAACUAGAGCAAGGAUUUUUGUUCUUUUCCGUCCUAUCCAACGACUUCCGCAACCCUCCUGGUACCGUUAAAAUGUCUACACUUUAUUUGUUCGCUCUUACCAAGUGUGUGUGUGUUACAUGUAUAUUGAAACUGUUGCUUAAAAUUAGAUUAUUUCUUAAUCAACUUUGUUAGUUAGUGCAACGUUACGCGAAUGUGAACGUAACAGGCGUCACUCACUACUAGGAAACGCUUCAAGCUGAACACUACCGAACCAAAAAAAAAAA